AUGUUCGACAAGAAGAUCGGUGCAUACUACGCACCAACCGGUGGCCUCCCACCCCAAACCCAACUCCUAACCGACCGCGCCAUGUUCACCGAAGCCUACACAGUAAUCCCAAAAGGCACCUUCAGCGACAUAGUAACAAGCUUCCUCCCCUUCUGGGACAAGACCCGGCUAUGGGUAAUCGCCCGACCACUCUCCGGCUUCGCGGAAACAUUCUCGCAAUACAUCAUGGAAGUCCAACCCGGCGGCGGCAGUGACCGCGCCGAGCUAGACAACGCUGCGCAAGGCGUCCUCUUCGUCGUAGAAGGCGAAAUCACCAUCACACUCGCUGGCAAGGACCACACCCUCACCGAGGGAGGCUACGCAUACCUCCCGCCCAAGAGCGGCUGGACACUUCGCAAUAAUGGCGCGCAGACUGCGCGCUUCCAUUGGGUUCGGAAGGCAUAUGAGGCUGUUGAGGGUCUUGAAUACCCGACGCCACUUUUCUUGAAUGAGAAGGAAAUUGCGCCUACUGUUAUGCCGGAUACUAAUGGGGCAUGGGCUACGACGAGAUUUGUGGAUCCCUCUGAUUUGCGUCAUGAUAUGCAUGUUACUAUUGUUACUUUUGAGCCUGGUGGUGUUAUUCCUUUUGCUGAGACUCAUGUUAUGGAGCAUGGGCUUUAUGUUCUGGAGGGUAAGGCUGUGUACCGUCUUAACCAGGAUUGGGUGGAGGUUGAAGCUGGUGAUUUCAUGUGGUUGCGCGCUUUCUGUCCGCAGGCUUGUUAUGCUGGUGGUCCCGGGAAAUUCCGUUAUCUGCUUUAUAAGGAUGUGAACCGUCAUAUGAAGUUGUCGAGGCCGUGA